UUUCUCUUUCUUUCUUUCCCUUCUUUUCUCUUCUCAUUUCCCUUUGUCUCUUACUUUUUACUUUAUAUCAUCUCUAUCAUUUUUAUUGUGAACCUCAAUUCAUCAUAUUCAUGUCAGCCGAACUAUCAGAAGCAGAGAAGAUUCGUUUGAAACGCGCCGCCAAAUUAGAACAGCAAGCUGAAGAACAAAAGAAACGUCAAGAGGAACAACAAAGAUCAACUGGUCAGGAUCAACAACAACAACAACAAGCAAGAAAACUUAAACCUUUACCUAUUCUCGAUGAAACAAACCCAACACCUGCAGUUAAGCCAAAAUUUAGGUCAACGGUAACAUCUUCUACUAGUCCACAAAACACGUCCACUGUAACCACGUCAACAAGUCCAGCAGAAACUAAAAACCGCAUUACUUCAACUCCUACUGUUCAAGCACCAGCAAAAUCAUUUGAAGAAUGGCAAAAUGAUGCUUACUCUCGUAUACUUCAAGUCACCUUAGAUCCUAAUGCUGUUUAUAAACGUGGUAUCUGUGUCUAUCUAUAUAGCUUGGUACAAGAAUUAGAAGAAGAGAAUGAAUCGAAACCAUAUUUGUUGAAGAUGGAUUUAUUAGAUCGUGUUUUGAUUGCUCGUAUGUCAUUGGAUCCAAAUGAACCACAUGCUGAAUUACCUGCUGAUGUACAAGCAUCAUUGAAAAUUCGUCCCUUUGAUUAUCUUCUGAAAUGCUGGAAACAAGCGCAGGACAUCAGACGCAAUACUUUGAUUAGAAGCAAGAACCUGGAACAAUCUGUACUCAAUCAAAGAAUCAAUGCUUUAGACUUGGUCAAGAAUCUACUCAUAUCUUAUUCUGGACUUAUUAUCCAAAUUCCUGAUAUGUUCCCUCAAAGCGAUUCGAUAUUGGAACAGGGUCCUGCUCAACUUGUCCCUAAGUUAUUGGCUGAUCCUGAUUCAUCGGAUGGGCUACCAAGGAGUUACAUUGCUGAUCUAGUAUCUCGUUUUGCUGAUGAAGGACUAGAUACGAUCUUGGGUCCUGCUUUAUCAAUGAUUUCGGCUCAAGUUCGACAAUUCAGUAUUAUUAGUAACUUUACUCCUCAUCUUCAGUCUCUUUUAAUACUUUGUGAAAACAAGACUGUUGCAGCCUCGUUGACUACUUUCCCGGAUUUUGAUCCUCAAAAUGCACUUGCUUCCAAUAUUGAACAAUUAUCACUUCUUGGACCAUUUUUCUCCUUGUCUGCUUAUCCAGAUAGUGCUCCUGAUGUAGGUGAAAAGUAUUUUCAACAUUCUGAAGAUAGAAAUCAAGCAGACUUGAACUCGGCAAUGAAUGGGUUACGUGGUACCAUGCGAAACUUGGAGCGUUCACUAUUCACUCUAUCCAACAGUAUUGUUCGAUCUGGUACUGAACCACGAGAAUUACUUUUGAAUUACUUUGGUCAUAUUCUCAAACUAAAUGAAAAGCGUGCUCAAAUGCAAGUGGAUCCGCGUACUGUAGCUUCUGGUGGAUUUAUGCGAAAUGUAUGUACUACAUUAUUAGCGUUUUGUGAACCGUUUUUGGAUAUUAGAGCUUCAAAGAUUGACAAGAUCGACACCACCUACUUUAGAACUUCUAAUCGAAUUGAUGUGAAAAAGGAUACCAAGAUUAACGCAGAUGAAUUACAGUCAGAUGCUUAUUACAAUGCAGUACAGCCAACAACAAAUCAUAAUUUUAUUACCGAAAUCUUUUACUUGACAUUGACUUUCCUUCACUGUGGUCCUAUUCGAUCAUUUGUCAACUUUAACCAUUUUAUUCGCGAAUAUGGGGAACUCAAAAAACAAUGUGACAAGGCUCAAGAGGAUGCAGCACAAUCAGCAAACUCACCUCAAGGAGUGAUACAAGAUUAUGUGGCCAAACAAUUGAAGAAAAACUUUGAAAAGAUGACUCAACAAAAACUGGCUUACGAAACGAUGCUAUUGGACCCUGAAUUCCUUAGUCAAGUGAUGCAAUUCUAUAAUUUAGUGAUGGCUUGGCUUAUUCGAAUGGUAGACCAAAAACAUCGUCAUCCUUGGGAUACAGUUCAACUUCCUCUACCACAUGAUAUUCCUGAAAACUUUUCAAUGUUACCAGAAUGGAUUAUUGAAGAUAUUGUGGAAUAUUUCAUUUUCCUCGGAAAAUAUGGUUAUGAAACUCAAGUUAUCAAAAGUCAUCCUCAAGAAGAACUUGUUACUUUUAUCAUCACGUUUUUACGCAACAUGAAAUAUAUCAAGAAUCCUUAUCUCAAAGCCAAGUUUGUCGAGAUUCUUUUCUUCUUCACUCAUCCAUUGGGCAAUGGCAUUCCUGGAGAGUUGGAAGCUAUGUUGAACUCCAAUCCUUUGGCGCUCAAACAUCUUGUACCAUCUUUGAUGGCUUUUUAUGUCGAUGUCGAACAAACUGGUGCAAGCUCACAAUUUUAUGACAAAUUCAACAUUAGAUACAAUAUCAGUCAUGUCAUGAAAAGAAUAUGGAAUCAUCCUAUGCAUCGCGAACAACUUCGGGAAGAGAGCAAAAAUCAAGAAUUAUUUACUCGAUUCAUCAACAUGUUGAUGAGUGAUAUUACUUAUCUUAUGGAUGAAAGUGUCAGCAAAUUAAUAGAAAUCCACCAAAUACAAACUGACAUGGAGGAUAUAGCAUCUUGGCAAGCUCAACCAAUGGAAACAAGACAAGAACGGGAAGCCAAUUUACAAUCAUUGGAAAGACAAGCACAAUCCUAUAUAGCUUUAGGCAACGAAACUAUUCAUAUGCUAGGAUAUAUGUCAGGCGAAGUAGUAGAACCUUUCAUGGUGAAUGAAAUUGUGGAUCGACUUGCAGCCAUGCUUGAUUAUAAUCUCUCUCAAUUGGUUGGACCCAAAUGUACAGAACUCAAGGUCAAGAAUCCUCAAAAGUAUCAUUUUCAGCCACGAAAACUCCUCUCUGAAUUCAUUGAUAUUUACUUGAAUCUCAAUACACCUACGUUUGUACAAGCGGUUGCUCGAGAUGAAAGAUCAUUUAGAAAGGAAUAUUUUUCCAAGGCAGCAUCCAUCUUAUUGAAAUAUCGAUUGAAAUCCAAUGAUGAUAUCAUGGCUUUGGAACAAUUUGUGAAUCAAGUGGCCAAGGCUGUACAAAGUGGCGCAGAUGAAGAAGACGAAUUAGGUGAAGCUCCGGAUGAAUUCCUAGAUCCGAUCUUCUUCUCAUUGAUGGAAGACCCUGUAUUACUUCCUACCUCUGGUAUCAUUGUGGAUCGUAGUACUAUCAGGGCACAUUUGUUGAGUGACAGUCGUGAUCCUUUUAAUCGAGCACCUUUACAAAUGGAUAUGAUUCAACCGGCUACUGAACUUCGUGAUAGAAUCUUGGCAUGGAAAACACAACAAAAACAAAGCAAGAUGGAUACAAGCCUUUAGUUUUUAGGAUAUUCCCCCCUUCCCCAUCACAGCGUAGCAAUGAUCUUAGUUUACACAUUCAAACUAUUUAUUACACACUAUUUUAUCGUUGCUUUGAUAUAUUUGAU